GUGUAUUUGCAUGUGCGUGUGUCUGUGUUUGCCUGAGAGAAAGAGAUCGUGUGUCUGUGUAUGUGUGUACAAGAGAGAAAGAGAGAGAGCGAAAGAGAGAGAGAGAGAAAGAAAGAGUGAAAGAGAGAGAGAGCGAAAGAGUAAGGCAGAAGGGAACUAUCAAAAAGAAAGAAACAGCGAGAUGUUUACGUUUAAAAGGGUAAAGGAGAGAGUAAGAGAGAAAUAGAGAACAGCGCAGUUUCAACAUGAACACAGCUGUUUUGGAAAGAAAAUUAGUGGACGUCAAGCAUGAUUUGACAAUCCUGUUUCUAAGAUCUCUUAAUUAAUUGCUCUACUUAAUGUUUUUGAAAUGUUUUUUACUCAGAAUGGCUUGACUGAAUGACCUGACAAAAAUGACCACUUCUUACAACUAUGAAAAAUGCAAUCACAGAUUUUCUUCUAUGAUCAAGCUCCAAACAGACCCACUCCAAAGCGGUAUCGCAAAUAUAAUAGUGUACAGGCUCCUGUUUCGUCUGGUGCUAAGACAUCACCCACUUCACCAGCUGUAGUAUGUCUGAACCAGAAACCCAACUUUUCUGAUGGCCCGAUCAGAAGAAACCUUCUCCCAGAACUUACUCAAACAUACAUUUCUCUGAGAAAUCGCCUCGAUUCUUCUUUGACCAGCCACGAUGAGACACAGAGACAACUAUAUGAACAGUCUAAAGCUUCUUCAGAAAAAAUACUUGACAAAUUGGCAGUUUAUCUUGAUAAUACACCAAACCUUGCAGAACUGGUACCAAAAAGUCUAGAAUAUCAAUUAAUGUGUAACUUUAAAGAAUUCACCACAAAUGUUGUUGUGAUUCCUCGACAAUGGCAGACAGCUGCUAUGAGAGAGCAAGCUAAACUUAGCCGAUCGGCAAAGAAAGCUGAAGCUGCCAAUAUUAAUACAGCUCUGUCUACAGGGGUUACAACAAGUAAUACUGAAACACACAACGUAAACAGUGAGUUAACUGUGUCAGAAUUUAAGCUCAAAAAACGUCAAACACCUUCUCCAUUAGGAGAUUAUGGAGACUCGGAAUUAAAAAUGUCUUCAGCCAAUUCACGGACCACUAGAGAAAGAGCAGGUUCCAAAACUGGAGCACAAAUAACUGCAGACAAAAGUACAAAUAUCCAUUUUAGUUUGGCAUCAACAAGUUGCUGGAGAAAAGGAUAUGCUGUGGUCAAUGAUGAAAUAAGUGAUCUAAAUCGUAGAAAAAUUCUUAUAAUGUGUGUUCAAAUUCUUCAGAAAGCUAAAGAAACAAUGAGACAUCCAAGCUUCAAACCAAUGAGGAUUUACUAUGAGGAUGAUAAUCUUGUAGCAAAAUAUAGUUGUAAUCUUGACGAAAAAUUUGUGUUAAAACCUCCUCACAGACCAGUCUUGCAGAAAUCGUCAAAACCACUAAAUCUUUACAAUGUACCAAUACCAAAUAUUCCUGUUAUGGAAUUUUACAAUGAAGAUGACAGGAAGACAUUACUGAAGUCUGUAACAGACGAUGGAACAUCUGUGAUAUAUUACAGAUCAGGCAAUAUUGCUGUUAUUCGCUUCAGAGGGCAUGAUGAAGCUCAAGGCUUUUGUACUUUGGCUUUUGAUGAUGCACCUAAUAAUAAAAUUUUGCUGAAUUUUCUUCCUAAUGGUUGUGGUUGGUGUCUUUACAAAAAUGGAAACCUCAGGAUGUUUGUGAGCCAAGGUCAAGGUUAUUUCUUCAACGAAAACUAUACGGAAGUUAAACACCUCACUUGGAGCAGAGACAAAAUAGUUCCAAAAACUAGCUACAAGGUAACAACACAGAUUUAUUUACACUGUUCCAGCCAAGCAAAGUUUAGUCUUCAUUUGAAAAUAGAUACAAAACAUUUCAAAUUCAACCUCACUCCUUCAUCAGUAUCACAAGGCACAACUCUACGAAAACCAAUGUCUGGGAACAAAUCUGUCCUUUUUCCAUGUCAACAGACAAUGAAAGGAUUAUUUUUGAUGACAUCUGGGCCCUUUGCAUCAUCUUAUGCAAAAGAUCUCCUUAAAGGCCAUGAUAUUCAUGAGAAGCAAAUUGACAGCAUCCAUAAGAAAUAUAGAAAGUCUUUGGAUAUGUCACCAGAAGCAUGUUUUGAAAUGACAGAUGAAUCUGAAUUACAACACUUACAAAAGAAAGCUAGGAAUAUCGUAAAUAACUGGAUGAAUCACUAUCAGGUCACCAUUGGGCUAAAAGUUAAAAGUGUAUGCAAAAGAAGCACCCCAAUUUAUCAAAGUAACAAACUGAAGCAGACCUAUCCAGCUGUGCAAACAGAGAUAGAAAGUAUGACACACAGAGAUAAUAAACACAGCUCAAUAAGUAUUACAGUAACUGAAUGUGACUCAAAGGAAAAGCAAAAUAUAUCUUCUGUUCCAGAUGCUUGUCCAAAUAAAGGAUUACUGACUACCAGAUAUAAUAAAUUGAUCUUAGAGAAGACAUACAACAAUAUACACAGUGCUACAAACAGUGAUGUCGCUGGAAUGGCCAACAGAAAAAGUUUUAUACAAGCUUUAGAAAAUGUUUCCAAUACUGCAAGAAGGCUGCAUGCCUUGAGCUCAAAACUGAGACAUGAUCAAGUACCCAUGCAUCAUCCUCCAAGGAAAUCUAUUACUAUGAAAUCUCUUGCAAAAUGUGUAAACACUCUUUUAUAGGUCUCUUCCAUCUAAGAAGUACUUCAGACAACAAGCAUACAUAAUGCUAUCAGAUGUAGUAUAUCAAAUCCAUAGCUUGUUGUUACUUGCUGCUAUUUAUCAUCAUUAUCUUCCCCUCCUCCUUCUUUUCCUCAUUAUCAUCAUCACUGUCAUUGACUUUAUCAUUAAUCUCAAUAUCUCUAUAAUUAUCCCAUAUGUGAGGCACAACAGAGGUAAAUCACCUUAAUUUUGGUGGUGGACUAAAACUGUUACGUAGUUUAAUGACUGGCCCUUGGAUGCCUUCAGUUGAUGAAGUCCACACUAUUAUAAGCAUAAUUUUGAUACCCUGAUGUUCUUCCCAUUACAGAAACCCAUAAUUUGCAUUUUUAUCCCACUCUUUUCUCUACCAGUUUUGAAAGCUUUGUAGGUAUGAUGAGUGCUUCAUUCUCCUCUAAAGAAAAAAUUCUCCCAACAUUUUUACCAGCAGAUAUCAUUCACUGCUGCCAUCAUCACAUACAGAUUACAAAUGUAAAUGUUCAUAAUUUUAUUUGAUAUGUACCCACAGUCAUCCUGUUUUUAGUCUGGUAGUACUUAAAAUUCAGCUCUUGAAGCAUUUUCCCAUUUUAAUGGUGGAAUUGAAUAGAUUGGAGUUGAUUUGACUGUUUCAAUAAGAAAGAAUAUCAACUACAUAGCUAGACAGUAACCUGUUCAACCUUAUCACAGUAAAUUGUAUUUUUAACCAAUCUAGCAAAAUGAAAACACUAAAACUGGAAAAUUAUGUAGGCAUGAGAGCUACCUACAUUUUGAAUGCAUUCAGCUUUAACCUUCCUGUGUUCUUGUGACCGGCCAGAAACGGCAAGACAUAUAAAACACUUCAGAAGAAUACAUCAUUUUAAAAAACAAAAAACUUUGAAACCUGUUUCAGACAAACUUAAGACACAUAUAUGUAUACACUAAAUAUCUGCAAUGUAAACUAUUAUUCUAGAUUUAAAUUCUAUAUUGGGUUUCAAACAACUCCCAGUGAAUCUAGAAAAAUUAAACUUAUCAGAGACAGACUGAGCCCUUUCCUUGCCUGUCUGCACUAUUGCCACCACAAACGUUUUCUGUUAUUAUGAAUGAAUUAGAUGAUGAAAUGGAUCUAAUUUAUACUGGAUGUUACAUUCCUCCCAACAAAGUCUACACCACUUGGUGGAACUCACCACAGGGUUCUAUAUCAGACUGAAGUAUGACAUUAAUAGUUAUAAAUUGCUCUAAAACAACCACUUGAUUCCUUUCAUGACGUAUGUUUAUCUGUUCAAGCAAAGUUGGCAAAAAUCAUCAAAAAUAACAAAUAUAUUUGUACUGGCAUCUAUUCUUCAUUGCUACCUCAUAUCCUCCUCACAAACAUAUCUAUAGUUUAUGAAGAUGCUGUUCAGGCACAUUACACUCAUCUGACAUAAACCCUGUUGCAAAAGUAUUGAGAAACUGAAGACUUCUUUCUACCUUUCUAUUAUGAAACAAGCAUUCAGUGUAUAAAAUAUGUUUUAAGAAAGCUCUUGUGUGAAAAUCGAUGGCUUAUAUCUCUCUGAGCUAAGUUAUGAUGCACGAUUAGCUUUCUCCCAACUACUUACAGUAAUCGAUCCAAAUGUUAUUUAUCUUUAGUUUGUAUAUGUAAGUAGCUCAAAUUCUAUUUCUAUACUGAUAGCUUUGUUCCCAGAGUGAACAGAUCAACUGUCUAGUAUAACUCAUGCAUGUAUCCCUCUUCGCUAUAAUUAUCUGUUUUGUUUACGUAAGUCAUUUCAAUGUUAUUAUACUCUUAAUGUUUUCAGCCAAUCAACAAACUUAUCAAGUGUGUAAAGAUCAAUAAUUUGUUAUUGUAUAUUUGUAUUAAAAGAAAUGCUUACACAUACAACUUAUGUCUAAAUAUUAUAUUGACCAUAUCCUAAAAUAAAAUUAUAAGAACCUUU